GUACUCUAAAAUCGCUUUACUUCUGUCUUCGUCACAACUCAACUUUACUCACUCAAGAAUUAAAGACAGACGUUGUCCGCCAUCGGUCGAGUGCGGUCGUAUCUAAUCAUAUUAUGUUUUAGUGUUUUUAAUUAAAAAAGUGUCCGUGAAUUGGCUGAGAUGAGCAAGCUUGUCCUGAUACUCGGCGCGCUGGCGCUGGCGCACGCCGCGCCGCAGCCUGACGGCGACCUGGACGCGGUUAUCGCGCAGAUCUUCGGCCAGCCGAGCUCUACCAACGCACCCGCCAUCGACAACAAGAACCUCGCGUCUACUAUUGUGCCGCCCAUCAACACCAACUCGCAGAGCAACACUCCAUGCAAGACGGAGGACGGGUUAGACGGCACCUGCGUCAACUACUACCUGUGCAACACCGAGAACAACGUCAUUACUGACGGCGUCGGGUUGAUUGACAUCAGGGUUGGCGAUGGAAAGUGCCCUUCGUACUUGGACGUGUGCUGCAUACCUCCCGACACCAGGAAACCUGACAACCCUAUCACCCCUCGACCGGACAAACUGCCUACGCGCACAGGCUGCGGCUGGCGUAACCCCAACGGCGUCGGCAUGGUCACCAAGGGCGACAACGACCACGAGGCCAAGUUUGGAGAGUUCCCGUGGAUGGUCGCCAUACUUAAUACCGACUACAUUGAUCCCAGGAUCGAGCCAGUCAACGACAACGAUCCGCAGGGACAGAAGCUCAACGUAUACGUGGGCGGCGGCUCCCUCAUCCACCCCAGCGCUGUGCUCACCGCUGCCCACUACGUGGCGGACAAGAAGACCAUCAGAGUCCGUGCCGGGGAGUGGGACACGCAGACCACUAAAGAACUCUACCCGUACCAGGACAGAGAUGUCGCCUCCAUACAAAUCCACAAGGACUUUAACAAAGGAAAUCUAUUUUACGACAUCGCGGUGUUAUUCCUGACGCAGCCCAUGGACCUGGCGCCCAACGUGCAGCUGGCGUGCCUGCCGCCGCCGCGCGAGCGUGUGCCCGGCGGCACUCGCUGCCUCGCCUCCGGCUGGGGCAAGGACAAGUUCGGCAAGGAAGGACACUACCAAGUCAUCCUUAAAAAGAUCGAGGUGCCAGUGGUGGAGCGGCGCCAGUGCCAGACGGCGCUGCGCAAGACGCGGCUGGGCCACUUCUUCGAGCUUCACAGCUCCUUCAUGUGCGCGGGCGGCGAGCCUGGCCAGGACACCUGCAAGGGCGACGGCGGCUCGCCCCUCGUGUGCCCCAUCGAGGUACGUCUCCACCAGGUGCCAGUACGGUGACGUCAGUGUCAGACGCGGCUGGGCCACUUCUUCGAGCUGCACAGCUCCUUCAUGUGCGCGGGCGGCGAGCCUGGCCAGGACACCUGCAAGGGCGACGGCGGCUCGCCCCUCGUGUGCCCCAUCGAGGUACGUCUCCACCAGGUGCCAGUACGGUGACGUCAGUGUCAGACGCGGCUGGGCCACUUCUUCGAGCUGCACAGCUCCUUCAUGUGCGCGGGCGGCGAGCCUGGCCAGGACACCUGCAAGGGCGACGGCGGCUCGCCCCUCGUGUGCUCCAUCGAGGUACGUCUCCACCAGGUGCCAGGACGGUGACGUCAGUGUCAGACGCGGCUGGGCCACUUCUUCGAGCUUCACAGCUCCUUCAUGUGCGCGGGCGGCGAGCCUGGCCAGGACACCUGCAAGGGCGACGGCGGCUCGCCCGUCGUGUGCCCCAUCGAGGUACGUCUCCACCAGGUGCCAGUACGGUGACGUCAGUGUCAGACGCGGCUGGGCCACUUCUUCGAGCUGCACAGCUCCUUCAUGUGCGCGGGCGGCGAGCCUGGCCAGGACACCUGCAAGGGCGACGGCGGCUCGCCCCUCGUGUGCCCCAUCGAGAACGACCCAGACCGCUACAUGCAGAGCGGUAUAGUCGCGUGGGGAAUCGGCUGCGGAGAGGACGGAACCCCCGGGGUGUACGUCGACGUGUCCAACCUGCGCGACUGGAUCGACGACAAGAUCGCCGGCAAGGGUCUGGACGUUAAGGCCUACUCCUUCUGAAAGCGCUCAAAGACUACCAUUUAGUAUAAGAACAGUAUAUAUGUCUAGACCAACUCCAAUUUGAUACUACGACAUAUAUCUAUGUAUGUAUAUUGAAAAAUGUCCAUUUCGCAUUGUAUAUACAGGAUGCUCGGGAGUUUUUCCCAUAACUUCAAGGUGUUGACCAGUCAAUUUAUAGGACAGUCCGGCAAGGGUCUCGACGUUAAGGUCUACUCGUUCUGAAAGCGCUCAAAGACUACCAUUUAGCAUAAGAACAGUAUAUAAGUCUAGACCAACUCCAAUUAAAAAAUGUCCAUUUCAAUAGGCCUAAAACACCACGCCAUAUGCCGUAUAUACAGGAUGCUCGGGAGUUUUUUCCAUAACUUCAAGGUCCAUUUAAAGGAACCGAAAAAAAAAAUCUUUUUAUGUUUUCAUACAAAGUAAUUCAAAUAAUUCUGACUAAUCCUUGCAGUUUAGAAUACGUAAUCGUAGUGGUAAGACUGUCGAUAUCGACGCACUCUGCACUUCACUAGUAAGCUACUUCAUGAUAUUUAUCAUUGAAUUAGUUUGGCUAGCUCAUAAUAUAAGGAUGCGAUAUAAGGGACACAAUUUAAGAUCUAUUUACAAAAAAGGUGUUGACAAGUCCAUUUAUAGGAGCCCAACUGCAUAACUAAUUUUUUUUAAUUAUUUUUUUUUAAGUUUUUAUACAAAGUAAUUCAAAUAAUUCCGACUAUCCAUGUAACACACGCCUUUAUAUAUCCUUGCAUUUUAAAAUACGUAAUCGUAAUGGUAACACGAGAGAAAUAUUUAUUACUCCGAAAAUAGUUAUUUUAGACAUUAUUUUUCCAUAAAGAAUAUAACCCUAGAGUUGUGGUAAAUACUCCCGAGCACCCUGUAUAUCAUAAAAAGAUAUAGUUGAGCCAAUAGUGGGCGAGCAGAAAAUAUUGCUCUUUCAUUCGCACAGUACUUUUUGUCAAAUUGGUGAUUAUUACUUUUUUUUUUGAUAAUUAUUUUUUUUUAGAAUUUCUAUUUUUCUGGGUCUAGCGAUAUUGCCGGUUCAGCGCUAUUGGUUAUAAAUACGUUAUUUUGUCGUCACGAGGCCUAUCGUAGACCUACUAGCAAGGAUUAAAUGAAAAGCAAAAUAAAUAAAUCAAAAUAAUACAAGAUAAAAAUAUAAUCCCAAUUUUUUUAAGUAUAAUGAUUGAUUGACAUUGACAAAAAAGCACUCUUCCAGUCAUUUUAUUUUUA